CUCGCUGGCGUCGGAGGCCGCGGCGGACGCGGAGGCGGAAGAUGGCGGCGGCUCCGGCCGCGCGUCCGUAGGCGCUGCGGCGGCGGGGGCCGGGACGGCCCAUGGCAGCGGGGCGGCGCCCUCGUGGACCCUCGGGCCGUUGAGGGGCGACGCCGGGCGGCAUGUCGGAGCACGCGGCGCCCGGGGCCCCGGGGCCCGGGCCCAACGGCGGCGGCGGCGGCGGCGGGGCGGCCCCCGCGCGCGGGCCGCGCACCCCGAACCUGAACCCGAACCCGCUCAUCAACGUGCGCGACCGGCUCUUCCACGCGCUCUUCUUCAAGAUGGCUGUCACCUACUCGCGCCUCUUCCCGCCCGCCUUCCGCCGGCUCUUCGAGUUCUUCGUGUUGCUCAAGGCCCUGUUCGUGCUCUUCGUGCUGGCCUACAUCCACAUCGUCUUCUCGCGCUCGCCCGUCAACUGCCUGGAGCACGUGCGGGAGCAGUGGCCGCGGGAGGGCGUCCUGCGGGUGGAGGUGCGCCCCAACUCCAGCCGCGCGCCCGUCUUCCUGCAGUUCUGUGACGGCGCCACCCGCGCCAGCUUCCCCGGCCUGGCCGUGGAGCCGGGCCUGGAGCUGGAGGGCGACGAGGAGGAGCUCACGGUCGAGAUGUUCGCCAACAGCUCCCUCAAGCUGGAGCUGGACAUCGAGCCCAAGGUGUUUCCGCCGCCCGGUGCGACGGAGGCCAAUGACAGCCAGGACUUCUCUUUCACUGAGACGCCCAGCAAAGUGUGGCCGCAGGACGAGUACAUCGUGGAGUACUCCCUGGAGUACGGCUUCCUCCGCCUCUCACAGGCCACCCGGCAGCGCCUCAGCAUCCCCGUCAUGGUGGUCACACUGGACCCUACCCGGGACCAGUGCUUCGGGGAUCGCUUCAGCCGCCUGCUGCUGGCCGAAUUCCUGGGCUAUGACGACAUCCUCAUGUCCAGCGUGAAGGGCCUGGCCGAGAAUGAGGAGAGCAAGGGCUUCCUGCGCAAUGUGGUGUCCGGCGAGCACUACCGCUUCGUGAGCAUGUGGAUGGCACGCACGUCCUACCUGGCCGCCUUUGUCAUCAUGGUCAUCUUUCGCCCCGCCUCACCCGGCUCCUUGCAGACCCUGAGCGUAUCCAUGCUGCUUCGCUACUCCCACCACCAGAUCUUCGUCUUCAUUGUGGACCUGCUGCAGAUGCUGGAGAUGAACAUGGCCAUCGCCUUCCCCGCAGCGCCCCUGCUGACCGUCAUCCUGGCCCUCGUUGGGAUGGAGGCCAUCAUGUCCGAGUUCUUCAAUGACACCACCACAGCCUUCUACAUCAUCCUCAUCGUGUGGCUGGCCGACCAGUAUGAUGCCAUCUGCUGUCACACCAACACCAGCAAAAGACACUGGCUGCGCUUCUUCUACCUGUACCACUUCGCCUUCUACGCCUACCACUACCGCUUCAAUGGCCAGUACAGCAGCCUCGCCCUGGUCACCUCCUGGCUCUUCAUCCAGCAUUCCAUGAUCUACUUCUUCCACCACUACGAGCUGCCCGCCAUCCUGCAGCAGCUGCGCAUCCAGGAGAUGCUGCUGCAGGCCCCGCCGCUGGGCCCCGGCCCGGCCACCGCCCUGCCCGACGACCUGAACAACAACAGCGGCGCCCCCGCCUCCGCCCCCGACCUCGGCCCGCCCCCUGCCCUGGGCUCCGGCUUGCAGGGUGCCGGUGGGGGGCCCGGGCCCGUGGCCGAGGCCCCGAGCUCCCUGGUGGCCGCGGCCGCCUCGGUGGCGGCAGCGGCCAGCGGUGAUCUGGGCUGGAUGGCAGAGACGGCCGCCAUCAUCACGGACGCCUCCUUCCUAUCGGGCCUGAGCGCCUCCCUCCUGGACCGGCGGGGGACCAGCCCCCUGAGCGCUGGCGGAGGGUUCCCCCAGGCUCCACAGGACAGUGCUCCCCCGAGUGACUCCCCAGCACUUGACACACCUACCCCCACUGCUGGGGUGAGUGGACCCAGCCCAGCGGCCCUGGCCCCGGCAGACACCCCCUCGGAGAUGGGGUCCUGAGACAGCCGACAGGGGCCCCGCCUCUGCCCCUGGCCCUUCAGCCGCCCUAGCCGGCUGCGUGUGUCCUGCGGGAGCCCGUAGAUUUGGCAAAUUACCUCUGGUUGGUUCUGGGGCCGUCAGGGAAACCAGGUGGGCUGGGGAAGGCGGCUUCUCCCCCACAAGGGGGGGUCCACCCACACCUGUUCCUGCUGCACUAGCAGUGGGCAAACCCCCUCUCCCCCAAGCUGGUGCAGAGAAAACCGGGUAAGCCUGGCAGGAGAGCCGGGUGUGGGGGGGGUCUCUGUGGAAGGUUCUGGAAGGGGCUGGUGGAAGUCGAGCGGGCUGCUUUAGUUGCAGAGUUGGCCAAGCCAGAGCACGUUGAACUGGGUCCAGGCCCCCUGAGCCGCCCGGCCAGCUCGGCUGGUGCUCCCUUCGCCGGCGCAGUGCCUUCUCCCCGCCCCGCCCCCCGAGUGUGUGUGCGCCAGGGCUGGGGUCCCCGGGCACAGGGACAGGGCCGGCGGCGGCGGCGGCGCAGGUCCCCCCAAUCACUGGGUGAGGAGUCUGGAGGAGGAGCCCAUUCCAUUCUAUUGAAUUGCAGUGUACGAUUGUGUUUGUAUAGAGAAUAAACUGUCCGUGGACAGCG